AUCUACGACUGGACGCUUUCCGCUGCUUCGAUCAUAAAAACCCUAGCCGCGUCCUCCCAUCAUCUCCUUCCUCCUCUCUCGCAGCUCCUCGCCGAAACCCUAGCCUUCUUUUUCCUUCCCCCGAUGGGCUUCGACGUGGGGGUCGUCCCCUUCAACCCUGACGGCUGGGGCCCGCCGGACGCCCCGGCGGUGCCGCCCCUCCUACCGCCGGGCUCCGGCGGCGGCGGAGCGAGCACCGCCCAGCCGGCGCACGUCCCCUUCGCCCCGUUCUCCCGGUCGGAGAAGGUGGGGCGCAUCGCGGAUUGGACGCGGCACGCGGCGUUCUCGAACCAGGGCAAGCCCCGCGGCGACUCGACCGUGUUCGACUUCGCCCUGGACGAGUCGUCGUCGGCCCUGGCCCUGGCGUCCGCCGACGACGACUCGUCCUUCCGGCUCGUGGACGCGAAGCCCCCCCCGCGCCCCAAGUUCGGCCCCCGCUGGCGGUUCCACCAGCGCCCGCAGCUCCCGCAGCGCCGCGACGAGGAGGUCGAGGCCCGGCGCCGCGACGCCGACCGCGACCGCGCCCGCCGCGACCGCCUCUACCACCAGCUCCACCCGCACCGCUCCUCCCACCCCCACCACUACCACCACCGCGGCGGUGGCGCCUCCGGCGGAGCCCCCGGCGGCGCCUCCCGGGACUCCCCCCUGCUGAAGUCGUCCGUGGACAUACAGCCCGAGUGGACGAUGCUGGAGCAGAUCCCCUUCUCCACCUUCUCCAAGCUCUCCUUCUCGGUGGCCGACCCCCCCGACGACCUCCUGGUGUGCGGCGCCCUGGAGUUCUACGACCGCUCGUUCGACCGGCUGAACCCGAAGAACGAGCGCCGGCUGGAGCGCUUCAAGUCGCGCAACUUCUUCAAGGUGACGACCACCGACGACCCCGUGAUCCGCCGGCUGGCCGCCGACGACAAGGCGACCGUGUUCGCGACCGACGCCAUCCUGGCCGCCCUGAUGUGCGCCCCCCGCUCCGUCUACUCGUGGGACAUCGUCGUCCAGCGCGUCGGCAACAAGCUCUUCCUCGACAAGCGCGACGGCUCCCAGCUCGACCUCCUCACCGUCAACGAGACCGCCUCCGAGCCCCUCCCCGACGCCAAGGAGGACAUCAACUCCCCCCACUCCCUCGCCGUCGAGGCCACCUACAUCAACCAGAACUUCUCCCAGCAGGUCCUCGUCCGCGACGGCAACAAGCUCACCUUCGACGAGCCCAACCCCUUCGCCGCCGACAACGAGGACGUCGCCUCCGUCGCCUACCGCUACCGCCGCUGGAAGCUCGACGACGACACCUACCUCAUCGCCCGCUGCGAGGUCCACGCCGUCUCCGACGUCAAGGGCCAGCGCUCCUUCAUGACCCUCAACGCGCUCAACGAGUUCGACCCCAAGUACUCGGGCGUCGACUGGCGCCAGAAGCUCGAGACCCAGCGCGGCGCCGUCCUCGCCACCGAGCUCAAGAACAACGCCAACAAGCUCGCGCGCUGGACCGCCCAGGCCCUGCUCGCCAGCGCCGACCUCAUGAAGGUCGGCUACGUCUCGCGCGUCCACCCGCGGGACCACUUCAACCACGUUAUUCUCGGCGUCUUCGGCUACAAGCCCAGGGAUUUCGCCGCGCAGAUCAACCUCAACACCUCUAACAUGUGGGGGAUCGUGAAGUCCAUUGUGGACUUGUGCAUGAAGCUCGGCGAGGGCAAGUACGUGCUCGUGAAGGAUCCGAUUAAGCCGCAGGUCAGGAUCUAUGAGGUGCCCGCCGAUGCUUUCGAGAACGACUAUGUGGAGGAGCCGCUGCCGGAGGAGGAGCAGGUGCAGCCGCCGGCGGAGGACGAGGUGGACGAAACCGCAGAUAUUAUGGAUGCGGCCGCCGAAGCCGAGGCCAAUGCUGCUGCUGCUGCCGCCCCUACCUCCCCUGCCGCAGAGGGAGGAGCCGACGCAGAGAAGGAUGCUAGUUCUCCGGCUUCUUGAAGGGAUUAUCACUACUAUAGUAGGCUUCUGCUGUCGGUAUGUUGGCUUUUUAAGAACUGCCUUUUUCUUUCUUAUUUAUCAUGCUUGGUUGCUGAGUGUAGACUUUUAUGAAAAUGGCUCUCUUUUUUUUUUAAUCAGGGUAGAUUUUGAUUACAUUAUUGGCUACAGGAGAUUGAAUAAUCACAUAUGGUUUCUCUCUCUAAUUUUUACGCA